AUGGUUAAGAGCAGAAUCACAUGCAGUUGCGCUAAAGAUCCUUGCACGGCUCGCGUUGUAUAUACUAUCGGCACUUCCCGAGCCCGCAUCAAGUCUCUCUUCGCACUUGCCAAUUCCGUCUCAGCAACAUCGAACACCACCACUUCAAUUGCAAGCAACAUGACCGACCUGUCCAGGUGUCGGUUGCUGGCGCUCCCACGCGAAAUACGUGACUUGAUCUAUGCAUACCUACAUCAAUCAGCUUUGGCCACUGAAGAACCGAGAGGAAACGAGUCAGGCAACUUGUUGGUGCUCGUGACUUGCGCCCCACUCACGGCUGUCUUACAACUUUGCAAGCAGAUCCAGUCCGAAUACCUGGAAAUGGUGUUCAACCACAUUGCGCUUCGCAUCGCAGUCCCGAGCGAUCACAAGAUUAUGGAUGGAAUCAAGCUGAAGGAUGGCGUGCCUAGUAAGAUCUUCACACGGGCCGUCGAGAUCUUGGUCAACGUGGAUUACGUCCGAAUUGACGAUCGUCUUGAAGAAGAGUCGGGCGACGAGCUGUCGGUCUACCUAGAUGGCGUAGUGAGUGAACCAGAAGAGGCAUCUGUUCAAAGGCAGUACAAAGGAGACAAUUCGAUAUCUGAUAGGGAUACUCGACGAGGUCCACGACGCUCCCCUCUCCAGAAAGGCACGAAUUCAACUGUACCUCACAUUCUCGGACCUCAGUUACUUGAAGAGUACCGUUGA